UAAAGUCCCAUGUCUGCCAAAUUCGUAUGCAGCAUUUGGGGAUUAUAAAACCCGAGUCACAGAUUAAUUUAUAGGAAGUUCACAUUUUUUCUGGUUCUUUGAAAAAUGGUCUGAAUUCGUACAAUUCAAGGCAUUUCAUAGGCCGGUGCCUCGGGUAAAGGGAUCUUGUAGAUUAGGUCAUAAAGGGUAUUUUGAUUUUAAGGUCUUCUGGGUCUUCAUCCAUGGAGGUCUAAAAGUGGGCUUGAAGAGAUUUUAUUUAUUUGGGUGCUUUUUUAACUUCUGUUUUGAAGGCAUUAUGGGAUUUUACGAGUCUGUGAAGUGCUAUGUUCAGAGAAGGAAGUAUCAGAGGAUUGAUUCCUCCGCCAGGCGGCGGAGGAGGCGGCUGAGAGUGGCCAAAAUGGGCUCUCGGAAGCGGAGGAUGUGGAGGUUGAAGCGUCUGCCGAGGUUGAAGCUCAGGUGGUUUAAUCCCAAGCGUUUGCUGGUUAAGCUGAGAGAUGCUUAUGUGCAAAUGAUGCUCAGUAUGGCAAACAGCAGUGUUUUCUCCUCAGACAUGGCAGGGGUUUAUGGUGAUCCAUUUGGGCAGAGGUGUGUUAAGGAGUAUGACCCAAAAAUGCUGGUGGAAAUCUACAGGUCUCUCAUGAUUCAGGGGCAGGGGAACAUGCAGGAGUUACGGGCUUAGAGGCCCUGUUAAGAUUUUAUCUAAGGGUCUAGAGACCCUGCUAAGAUUAUAUCUUAAGGGCUUUAGAGGUUCUGCUGAAAUUUUCUCUUUCUGAUAUGUGGGUCUCUGAGCUUUCUCAAAUCCAGGGGCUGGAGAAGUAUUGCUGUUUGCCAGCAAGCAGUGACAUUAUUAGUGCUUUUGCUGGGUUGGUGCUUAUCAGAUCUAUCUGUUUUCAUCACAAAAGUAGUGAUUAUAUGUUCCAAAAUACCGUUGCUUGUCCAAUCAUGGCGACCAUUUUAUUUGUCCUUUCUUGUUUUUCUGUCUUUUUAAUACUAGUUGUGGAAGGUAAAAGGAUUUUACCCUCUGUACAGAUCAAACAAUCUUCAGGGUCGCUCAACUGUAGUGUUGCCUUGGAUAAGGUGGUAUUUCUAAAUAAUGAAUUGCAGAAAUGAUUGGCUAA